UUGUUUCUGCUCUGUGUGCAGUUGGUCCGAGAUUUCUCUGCUCAUUUCAGGUUCGGAGCGUGCACACAAAACGAAGCACAAUUUAAGCGGUGUGCGUUUGGCGUACAUUAUAACACUAAAUGCAAAGUGAUAAAAUUAUUAAAGAGGUGCUAAAGUUUUUUUUAGCAUGAUAGGAAAACGUGUAAUGCUCUUUUUAAAGGUGUCAAUUUAUUGAAACUUGUGCGCGCUUAAUAAGGUGCUAAAAAUAUUUAACCUCAAAAGUGCCGAAAAUAAGAUAAUCGCUUAAAGAUGCGUUUCAAUUUUACGAGCCACUCCACAGCGACGACAACUUCAACGUCAACUGCGGCGGCGACUGCAAAAUCGAAAGAAAAAUUAGUCAAGCCGGUCACGAGACCAGCGACCAUCGAAGAGGAUCCCGAUUCGCUGGACAGUGUGAUCAGCAAUCCACAGUCGUAUCCCAUAACGAUAGUACCAAAUCGUCCAGCUAAUUUCUAUGGCCUCUCCACGAAUGGCAAAGCAUUCCAGCGACAGCCUAGUUGCAGAUCGCGCAACUUUCGGCCGGGUAGCAUGCGACGCGUGAGACGCCGUGCCGUCUUUAAAAAUGGAGAUUGCAAUGUGGUGCAGAAGCAUUUGCAGCGCAGGAGGGUGCGCUUCCUGCAGGAUAUGUACACAACAAUGGUGGACUGGCAAUGGCGCUGGACACUGCUCGCCUUUGCACUGAGCUUCAUACUGUCGUGGCUGUUCUUUGCACUGAUCUGGUGGCUCAUCAUGUACACUCAUGGCGAUUUGGAGGAGUUGCAUAUGCCGGACAAUCAGGAGGAUUCUGGCUGGGCUCCAUGCGUUUCCGCCAUUGAUGGUUUCACAUCCUGUUUCCUGUUCUCCAUCGAGACACAGCACACAAUCGGCUACGGCGUGCGCACCACCUCGACCGAGUGCCCCGAGGCAAUAUUCAUGAUGUGCUUUCAGUCCAUAUAUGGUGUGAUGUCAUCGGCGUUUAUGGCUGGCAUUGUUUUUGCCAAAAUGACACGCGCCAAGCAGCGUGCCCAGACUCUGCUUUUCUCCAAGAACGCGGUGAUCUGCCAACGAGAUGGCUGCCUCUCACUGAUGUUCCGCGUUGGCGAUAUGCGAAAAUCGCAUAUUAUUGGUGCGGGUGUGCGGGCUCAGCUAAUAAGGACGCGCAGUACGAGGGAAGGCGAGGUGAUGACGCAGCACUUCACAGAGCUGCAGAUAGGCACAGAUGAGUCAGGUUCUGAUUUGUUCUUCAUCUGGCCCAUGGUGAUUGAGCACAGAAUCGACGAGAGCUCACCGCUCUACAAUAUGAAUGCCACAGAUAUGUUGCAGGACAAGUUCGAGAUAGUUGUAAUACUAGAGGGUACUGUGGAAUCAACUGGCCAGUCCACGCAGGCCAGAUCGAGUUACAUAAACACCGAGAUACUGUGGGGCCAUCGAUUCGAUCCUGUGGUGCUAUACAACAAGGACCUGCAGGCCUAUGAGAUUGACUAUGCGCGCUUCAAUGAGACAACACAGGUGGACACUCCACUUUGCAGCGCCCGCGAGUUGAACGAAAUCUACAAGAUCCAGGAAGGCUUCCGCACACCAGCUCCCCUGGCGGCCGUUGGGCUGUGUUGCUCGCCCAAUCCCUCAACGUCAUCCACUCACUCCAACAGCUCCGGCUACAAUUCCUGCUGUGGCACUCAGCAGCAGUUGCGUCGGCAACGCUGGCAGCUGUCGGUGCCUUUGCGGAGAGGCUAUUCUAUCGAAGUAUAAAACUUACGAGAGUACUUGCUGACUUAAUUCUUACGCAAAUUAGUUAAUAAAUGCUUGAGCUUUUAGUUUACACUAA